UAAGCCUGUCUCAGGUAGAUUGUCAACACAUACAUAUUUAGCUGCUAUCUGCCGCCGCCACCGCCGCCGCCAACAAUGGACAGCGGUGAAGACCCAAACAAGCUCACCUCCACCCUCGAUGACCCUACAACCACCCAACCCCUCCUCAACCACCCCUACCCUACACUUGACCCACCCCCUACAGCCUGCACCUCUGAAGCAGACGACGACCGAACACAGUACCUCCAGAUCUCCUACAACUAUGGCCCUCGAUCGAUAAAGGACAUCCCUUUUCUCGUCCUCUUUUCACUUCUUGUCUUUUGCACUUUUGGCUUUGGUAUUUUUGCGUCUGUUCGUAGAAACCCCCACCACGACCAAGUAUCUUCUUUUGUUUAUAAUGCUACCUCCUCUUCUUGCACUCUUCUUCGAGAUUUUCGCAAUCCCAUUUCUCCAACUCCCUCAAAACCCGAUCUUUUUAGUACUUUGAGUGAAAAUUUUACUUUUUUAGAUAGUCCUACUUCCUUAAAUUACUCAGAAUUCAGUCUUCCGAAGAGAAUGAUUUGGAAUUCCUCGAUUUCUGUCAAACCCAUUCCUUUAACUUCCUCGAAAGCUGUUGUUUUUAAUGGUUUUAUGGAAGAUUUGUUUUUUCUAAACAAUCCAACAUCUUUGAAAUUUUCAAAAUCCAGUCUUUUAGAGAGCUUGGUAUGGGUUCUUGUAAUAACUCUGGUUCUUAGUGUGCCCUUUGUUUCAGUUGUGCUUUUGUUGCUUAAACACUACACAAAACAGAUAGUGUAUGCUUCACUUCCUUUCUUUGUAGUUAUCCCUGUGUUUAUCAAUGUGUACUGGUUUGUUGCUUGUACAGUAAGCUCCAGCUGCAGUGAUGUGUUUCCCUUAGCUUAUCGGAUAGUAGUUCUCAUUUUUGUAUUCUUGAUUAUCGGGGUGAUUGUGUGGAUUUUUAUAGUGAAUUGGCAUAGAAUUGAGUUGACCGUGAGUAUAAUUGGGGUAGCUUCCAAUGCACUGUCGAAAAACUUAGGAUUGUUUGGGAUUCUUCCAGCAUUAACUUUGGGUUUGUUUGUGUAUUAUGCCCCCAUUGUUGUGUUUCUAAUACUUGCAAGGUUAAAUGGGAAAAUUGUGGCAAAAGAAAAUCAUGGAGAAUACUACUGUGUUUGGAAACAAGAUAGUUGGGUGCCCGCAUACUACACAUUAGCAAUUUUAACGAUGCUGUGGUCUGCCACUGCUAUGGUGGAAGCUCAGGUUUAUGUGAUAAGUGGGACAGUUGCUCAAUGGUACUUCUCUAAGGAUGACGUUGGCCCUAGGCGGGGAAUAAGGAGUUCCUUGAGAAAUGCAUUUGGCCCCUCCUCUGGCACAAUAUGCUUAUCUGGAUUACUUAUGUGUAUUGUACGUAUUGUGCGCUCUAUGGUUGACAAUGCAAGACAAGAAGAUGCACCUGGAAUUGGAAUUGUCAACCUUGUUCUUCGCUGCUGCGCCAAUACCCUAUUGUCUGCAGUCAACUUUCUGAACAAGUUCACUAUAAACUUUGCAGCUAUAACUGGUGAAGCAUACUUCACUUCUGCACGAAUGACUUAUGAACUGCUAAAACGAAAUCUUCUCUCGACUGUAUUUGUGGAGACUGUUUCUACUCGACUACUUGCCGGGAUCAUUUUUGUUCUAUCUGCAAUAUAUGCAAUACUGGUCUGUGUUGUGUUAAAAGCCGCUAUUCAUCUUGGGGAUGAAGCGUACUUGGUCUCUCUUAUGGCGUGGGUACUGCUGAUCGUGAUUCUUGGUUUCUUCGUGCACGUGCUGGAUAACGUCAUUGAGACUGUGUACGUGUGCUAUGCUAUAGACAGGGACAGAGGUGAGGUCUGUAAACAAGAGGUUCAUGAGGUUUAUGUUCAUCUCCCAAUUAGUAGAAGUCACAGUCACAGGGCAGGUUUUGUUGACAGGACUCCACUUAUUGUAUGAUUAUUGUUUUAACAGAGGAUUCAUGUGCUGGAUAUUAUAUGAAUUUUGUGUAUCUGAGAUUUUAGUCUAUGCUUUUCGGCUUAUUUUAAUAAAAAUGUUUAUUCCUUUUUGUCACCA